AUGAACAGGAUACGGUCCGACAAUGCUAAGGCUCAGUGCAAUCAGAGGGUCAAGGAUAUCUACAGGACCUUUUGCAUCGACGACUGGCACUCUGAGGCCUACAAGGGCAACCAAAACUUUGCUGAGUUGGGCUGGAGAGAUACGAAAGCAAAGAUCCAAAUGGUACUGGACACCCGGGAUGUCCCCUCUGAGUGCUGGCUCCUGUGUGGACAGUUCAUAUCCGCUCUACAGAACCACAUCGCCCUGGAAUGCCUUGGUUGGCGUACACCUUUUGAGUGGUUGUUCGGUUUCACACCGGAUAUCUCAGCCCUUAUUCAGUUUGAGUUCUACGAACCCGUAUAUUACCAGAAGUAUGGUGGUUCAUUUCCAGAAGAUUCUGUUGAGGCGGUGGGACGGUUUGUCGGUGUAGCGGAGGACGUGGGUCAUGGGAUGACUUACAAAAUAUUGACGGAGUCAGGCAAGGUCAUAUGCAAGGUGGUGGCCAGGACGGCAAGGAAGGGAGCUGAACUCAGCAACUGGAAGGCUGAUGGACUAGCCCCGAAGCUGGCCCCCAAGCGAAAGCCAAUCUCAGGGCAGAAGGCCUCCACAAGCGAAGCUGACCUUGUAGUCGGGGCCGCUCCGGAGACUGAAGUGAUUGAGAAAGGCAUCGAGAUAGAGGAGACGGAGGAGAAUGGGGAGUUUCACAACUCCAUACGCAAGGAUAUCCUAUCCAACCUUGAGCACAGGGAUGUCCUAGACGGUGGCAACCUGCCAGUCAUUGACAUCACCAACCUUCUUAACAGGACCUUUAUCACCCACCCCAACGAGGAAGGCGAGCAGCAUAGAGCCAAGAUUGUGUCUGCCGAGGCCACAGGAGAGACCAAUGCAGACGGAUCAGCAGCUGUAUACAGGUUCAAGUGCAAACAUGGGGACGAAUACUUUGAGGAAGUUUUGGCAUACUCAAAGAUGCUGGAAUGUCCAAGUACGAGGUGCUGA